AUGGCGGCCGUUCAGGACCAAGUGGCCAUUGAUUUCGCCAGCUCCCUCACCCAGUCCGAGAUUCCUACAAAACUUCGAUGCGCCACCUGUAGCAAGCUCGUCGUCAAUGCCUUCAAGCUCCAAUGCUGCGACUCGUCAAUCUGCCAACAUUGCCAGGCCACGCUCCCCGACGCCUGCCCAGUAUGCAGCCACUCACCUUUGGAUCCGGACAUGUGCAAGCCCAACAAAUCUUUGCGCAUGACUGUUAGAGCUUUCAUCAAGGCCGAGGAGAAGAAGAAGAUUGCCGCCGCCGAGGCUGCUGAAGCCGCAGCAGCUGCGGCCGCAGAACAAGACAAGGCAGCCGCCCAACAAUCGGCACAGAUCGCGGAACAACCGCAAGCAGACCCUGAGAUUCACGCCGAACCAGACGUUGAACGUCCGCAAGAAGACAAUGUAGCCUCCGAGGAUGCGACAGAAGGUGCUGUUGCGCCGGAAGCUACCGAUCCGCUUGCUCAGGUUGAAGAGGUAUCUGAGCGUCCAGCUGGAGAAGAAUCUGCAGGAACCGAUCAGAUCGAACAACCGACUGGAGUCGAGGAAGACACUGUUGCACAGUCAAUUGAGGAGACUGACCCCGAUUUCGAGCAAAAGAACGAAGCCGAAGGUCAACAACAAGACCAGAACGGACAGGACGCUUCUCAGCAAAACCUUCAAAACAUGGACUGGAACGCCGCUAACGGAUUCAACCCCAUGAUGAACAUGGCCAAUGGAUUCAACCCGAUGAUGGGCAUGAUGGGCAUGCCUGGAAUGAAUCCCAUGUCCAUGUUCGGCAGCUUCGGUCCCGGCAGUAUGGGCAUGCAAGACAUGAGUGGUAUGAACAUGGGAAUGGGCUUUGGAGGCGGUUUCGGUGGCAAUUGGAAUGGACAGCAAGGGAUGGGCGGAAACUUUGGCGCUGGCUAUUAUCCCAACGCUGGAUAUAAUCAAGCGCAAAUGCACCAAGGAGGCUAUGCCAAUCAACAGUUCCCAAAUCAUAAUAACUACCAGAACCAGAACCGCUUCCAACAGCGUGGUGGCUAUGCUGGCCGUGGGAGAGGCGGUGCUGCGUUUGCUGGUGGGAAUGCUGGCCCAUCUAACCCUCAGGUUCAGCAAAACGACGCUGCUUACCCUCAAGAUGCCGAACAUGGCGAACAUCGCCCCUCACGAGCCGGUACUGAAUCUGCUGAUGCUGGUGCUGAUAGACGCAACUCUCAGUCUGUAGCUUCUGUGUCUCAGAUGCCCGGAGAUGAUGCCACUGCUCCUGAGCAACAGCCAGAUGCAAUUGUUGAGGAUACUAACGAACAGAUCCAACAAGGUGAGGAGCAAACAGAAGACCAAGGUCUUGAGAAUGGCGAUGAGAUGCAAGGAAUGCAAAACGAAGAAGGGAACCAAACGAUGAAUUUGAACAAUGAAGGCCCGAACAUGAUGGACUCCAAUGCCUUCAAUCCAGCUAUGAUGGGUAUGGGUGGUUUCAACCCUGCCAUGAAUCCAAUGAUGCCUUUUGGAAAUCAAAACGGUUUCUUCCCGCAGAACAAUUUCAACGGUGGAUUUGGUGGAAGAGGAAGGGGCGGAUACAGAGGCAGAGGUGGUUUCCGUGGCCGGGGUGGCUUCAACAACAUGCAUGGCGGCUUCAAUGGACACAUGUCUCAGCCACCUGAAGAUUUUACUGUUGUCGCAGGCUCGACAGAAGGACCGCCAAUCGAUGCUCCCAAGGGUCCCAAGGCUAUGCGUGAGGGCUUGCCCAACAGCGGCAUCUACAGUAGGGGCGGAUACCAAGGAGGAAGGAACGCUCAUCCUACGCCUACACCUCAACCCCAAUCCCUGCCUGCACAAUCACCUCAACCGCAAAGAGAACGCAGUCAGUCACCUGCUCACGACAACCGCGAGCGUGGUCGAUCGCCUUCACACUCUAGAUCAGGUUCGCACAGCCGCAAGCGUAAACACAGUGUCGAGUCGCAAGACAGUGAAGCACGAGCUCGCAGACGUGAAAGACGCCGACGUCACGAAAGGAAAUACGACGACGAGCCUGCCGACUCCGACAGAAAGAAGGACACGACAAGAUCCGACUCUGGCGACGAAGACGCAUCUAGAAGAUCACGCCGUCGCAGAGGAGACAGAGAGAAGCAUCGUUCAACCCGCGAAAACAGCAGAGACCGCGAUCAUCGUCGCCGCCGCAGCAGAUCCAAGGACCACCGCACUACCAACGACGAUCAGUCCUCUCGCGCCAAGAGUCGUCGCGACCGCGACCGCGAGAGAGAAAAGGAACGUUCAGACCGCGAUAGAAGCGAUCGUGACCGCAAGCGUUCACGCAGAGAUCGCUCUGCCUCCGCCAAUGGCUCCGCUGAUCAUUACUCUUCGCGCCGCUCCCGCCGUGAGGACCCAGCAUCUACCGCCGACGACCAAGGUUUCAAGAUCAAGGGUUCUCGCACAAGCACCAAACCCUUCGCUCCACCCACCGGUCCCCGCAACUCUCGCAACGAAGACAGAAACAACAGACGACCUUCUCUUGCCUCUGUCGCCGUACCCCAAGACAAUGCUGCUAGCACUUCUGCAGACCCAUAUGCUCAAGAACGCGAAGCUCGCAUCAAAGAGCGUAUGGCCAAAGAACAGCAACGCCGUGAGAGCGCUACCAUAGGAAAGAGAGAUAGAGGUGGUGAGCAAGGAAGACGGGGAUCGAACGCCGGAGGUGAGGGCAAGGGAAGAGGCAAAGGUAGGAAGGUCAGUUAUAGGUAUGAAGAUGAGGAGGGCGAGGAAGCUAGAGCCGAGAGAGUUGAACGCGAGAGGGAGGCUGCGAGAUGGGGGUGA